CCCCCGAACCCCUUCCCAAUUUCAUCCCGCCCGUCCGCCGCGCUUCUGCUUUUCGCUCAUCACGAAACCAACUCUCAACAAAACACCAACCCGUCGUCUUCUUCCGCGCCCACACACGCACCCGUGACUCCUCUCGGACGACCUCUCUCUAUUUUCUUUUCCGCCGCAGAAGCCCGGAAUUUUUGUCAACCCUUCCUAACGCCAAAGCUGUCAAAUUCCCACCGCCAAAAUGGGUCACGAAGAUGCUGUCUACCUGGCUAAGCUCGCCGAGCAGGCCGAGCGAUAUGAGGAGAUGGUCGACAACAUGAAGAUUGUCGCCAGCGAGGACCGCGACCUCACCGUCGAGGAGCGCAACCUCCUCUCCGUCGCCUACAAGAACGUCAUUGGCGCUCGCCGUGCCUCUUGGAGAAUAGUCACUUCUAUCGAGCAGAAGGAGGAGUCUAAGGGCAACUCUUCGCAGGUCACUCUCAUCAAGGAGUACCGCCAGAAGAUCGAGGCCGAGCUCGCCAAGAUCUGCGAUGACAUCCUCGACGUCCUCGACAAGCACCUGAUUCCCUCGGCCAAGUCCGGCGAGUCCAAGGUCUUCUACCACAAGAUGAAGGGUGACUACCACCGCUACCUCGCUGAGUUCGCCAUUGGCGACCGUCGCAAGGACUCCGCCGACAAAUCUCUUGAGGCCUACAAGGCCGCCACCGAGGUUGCCCAGACUGAGCUUCCUCCUACCCACCCCAUUCGUCUGGGUCUCGCCCUGAACUUCUCCGUCUUCUACUACGAGAUCCUCAACGCCCCUGACCAGGCUUGCCACCUGGCUAAGCAGGCCUUCGAUGACGCCAUCGCUGAGCUCGACACCCUCAGCGAGGAGAGCUACAAGGACUCCACGCUUAUCAUGCAGCUGCUCCGCGACAACCUGACCCUGUGGACCUCGUCCGAGGCCGAGACCUCCGCUACUGGUGGCCAGGCCGAUGCGCCCGCCAAAGAAGAGACCACGGCCGCUGCCGAGCCGCCUGCUGCUGCUGCCGAGGAGCCCAAGGCUACCGAGUAAACGUGACAUUUUGGGUGCCUUAAGCAAGGGCAUUGAUCAUACUGGUAUAGGGCAGGCUGGUGUCUACGGAGUGGACGGAAGACCUUGUUUUUUUUUGAUCAAGAGCUUCGGCAUUGUUUAGGUAACUCGCGCAAACGCAACGGAGGGACGGAUCGACUUUUCCCAACGGGCUACCAAGGAGACCUAAAGAAGAGCAUUUUGGAGGUUCUGCUUUUAGACUCUAAUGCGUGACCGUCUGGACAAUAAAAACUAC